UAUAAAACGCGACGGCUGUUGUUGCUGGUGUCCAAGGGCAAGCGUCUCGUCUGAUGCCGGCCGUGUGGCUGCCUGGUGCGCGCACGCACGCACACACUUACCUAAAUGACGGCGGCACGCACGCACCGCACAACAUGGCGGCCGACCGACCGAAACGCUGCCGCCGUCGCUUCCUCCCCACCCCGUACAUCAAAGUGACCCGUUGCGGACAGCUGCCGUCGAACCGAACGCUCCGUGACGCCACGACGCGGCAGCCCUUCGUCGUGGUCGGCUCGACCACCAGUUGUCAUCCAUGCCGUCGCCAGCGAGCACUCCGAGUGCGCAACGUCCACGAGGAUCAUUCCGACGAAUACAACAACUAAAACACAGGCAACAUCAACAGCAGCAGCGCGUGACGACAACGCCGCCAGAUACUACCACGAGCAGUAUCGCCGACAAUACUACGGCCACCAACACUUCUGCUACAGCAGCAGCCUUAGCUGCAGCCAUGGCCAUCGCUAACGAGACCAAUAUCGACUUGAUCAUGAUCAACAAAAUAAGACAACACCAAGUGUUGUACGAUACCGACGAAGACCAAUACAAGUAUAUCGACAAGAGAGACAAGGCUUGGAAAGAAGUAGCUGAUGAGCUUGGAAUGCCGGUGAAUGAUGUAAAGCUGAGGUGGAAACGGUUACGUGAUAAUUUUCGAGUGUCUAUCAAACGAACUAAAGGAUUAAAUCUCAAGCCAGGUUUACCAUUUGUUGAAGGUAAACCGUGGAAAUAUCAAAAAGAAAUGGAAUUUCUAUUACCUUUCAUGCAAAUUGGAGGGUAUUCAUUGAAAAAAAUGUUAAAUCUGGAAAAUCCUCAAGACUACCAAGGCAAUUAUGAUGAUUGCAAAACUGAUGGUUCAUCUAGCCCGUACAAUAAUAUGUCUUAUGAAUAUGAUGAAAUGCCUGAGCCUCGGGUAGAAGUGAAAGAAAUGCCUGGUAAUUAUUCAAAUGAUGAAGCUGGGGUAGAUGAUGAACUACUUUACCCAGAUGUAGAAAUUUUAAGCAAUGGAAAACAUGAACCUCUACACCGAGUAGCUAAAAGAGUGAAACGAUCAGCUGAAGCUGCUGCUGCUGCCGCUGCAAAAGAAGCUGAUUCUUCUGCACAACAUAAACUAAACCAGCACCAUAUGAAUCACUAUUACAAUAUUCAACACCAACAACAAAGUCACACCAAAGUUCAUCCUGUAGAUUUAUUCUUCUAUAGUAUGGCAGAAACAACCAAAGCUUUACCACAAGCUUACCAAGCAGAAAUUAAACGCAGAGUGUUGGAAAUUGUUAUUAAAGCUGAAGAAGAAAUGAACAAAAACAUAAAAUAUGACUAAUGAUUCUUGUUAAUAUUAAUUUCUAGAACAGUCAUUUCCUAUGAUCAAAACUUCGUGUGAUCAAAUCAUUUCUUCAUUUAUUUAAUAUAAAAUGUUGGAAUACUUAUAGAAAAAUCUAGUUGGUGAAGAUGUAUGUUUACUAUUUAGAAUGUGCCUAUGAUUAUUUUUCUUAGCUUGAUUGUAAUAUAUAUAAACACAUCAAUGAUUUUUUUCUAGCAUCACAAUUUUUUAUUAUUUAUUGAGUACAGAAAUUUAAUAGUUUUAAUUAUUCUUUUUAAUCAUAAAAAUAUAAUAUCUUUAGUUUUAAGGAAUAAUAGAACAAAAAACCUAUAUUUUUUGUAAAAUACAAACAUUCCGAAUUUUUGUCUUAAAAAGACAUUGUGAUAAAAUAUUAUGAAUAUUAAAUUUGCAUUCCAAUUAUAGCACAGUCUAUAUAUUUUAAAUAAGAGAAGUACACAAAAAUGUAUGUACUUAUUUUACUUAUGUUAAGUAUAAAUUAUUGCUCAAACAAACAUAGAUGUCAUUUUUUUUUUUUUUUUGGUAUAUGGUUACUAUGUACGAAUCUUUUGAAUGUUAUAUUAACUAUGCAUGUUAUGAAAUAAUAUGAACUGAUACUGUAAAAUAUUUUUAAUAAUAUACUUACUGAUAACUAUUAUUACCAUGACAGUU